AAACUACAUAAUCCGAACUUACAUGAAGCGAACGUAAUAUAAAAUUAAAGAUAAAAAAAAAUAUAAAAAGAAGAAAAUAAAAGUCGAUAAAGUUGAAAAAAGAUAAAUUUCAAAAAAAAAAAAAAAUGGAUCAAUUUACACCGAAAGACGUGAAAAUAUUGGAAACUGCUGAAGACAUCCAAGAGCGCCGUGAGCAAGUCUUGUCGCGUUAUACGGAGUUUAAACAUGAGACACGGCAAAAACGCGAAAAACUAGAAGACUCGCGACGCUUUCAAUACUUCAAACGAGACUCCGACGAAUUGGAAAGCUGGAUUCAUGAAAAACUUCAAGCAGCUAGUGAAGAAAGCUACCGUGAUCCUACAAAUUUACAAGCGAAAAUUCAAAAACAUCAAGCUUUCGAAGCUGAGGUCUCAGCUCAUAGUAAUGCAAUUGUUGUUUUAGACAAUACGGGACAAGAAAUGAUACAACAACAACAUUUUGCUUCUGAUACCAUUCAAAGACGUUUGGAUGAGCUGCAUCGUUUGUGGGAAUUGUUGCUUUCUCGCUUAGCGGAAAAGGGCCUCAAGUUACAACAGGCUCUUGUAUUGGUACAAUUCUUACGUCAUUGUGAAGAAGUUAUGUUCUGGAUUAAGGAUAAAGAAGCUUUUGUGACAGCUGACGAAUUUGGACAAGAUUUGGAACAUGUCGAGGUAUUGCAACGAAAAUUUGACGAGUUUCAAAAAGAUAUGGCUUCUCAGGAAUACCGUGUCCAAGAAGUUAAUGAAUUGGCUGAUAAACUGAUUGAAGAAGGGCAUCCUGAGCGAGAAGCGAUAACUAAAAAAAAGGAUGAGCUUAGUGAAGCAUGGCAGCGACUAAAACAACUUGCAAUUUUGCGUCAAGAAAAACUAUUUGGUGCGCAUGAGAUUCAACGUUUCAAUCGUGACGCCGAUGAGACUGUCACAUGGAUUGCUGAAAAGGAUGUUGUUCUAUCUUCUGACGAUUAUGGUCGUGAUUUGGCAAGCGUUCAGGCUUUGCAACGUAAGCACGAAGGAGUUGAACGCGACUUGGCAGCUUUAGAGGACAAAGUUGCAACAUUGGGCGCAGAGGCAGGGCGUUUAUGUAGCAUUCACGCGGAUCAUAGUGACCAAAUUAGAGAAAAACAGGCAGAAAUUGCUGCAUAUUGGCAGUCCCUCACAGCUAAAGCAAAGGAACGCAAACAAAAAUUAGACGAGUCUUAUUUUUUGCAUCGUUUCUUAGCUGAUUUUCGUGACCUAGUGUCUUGGAUCAAUGGAAUGAAAGCUAUUAUCUCUGCCGAUGAGUUGGCAAAAGAUGUUGCAGGUGCAGAGGCUCUUCUAGAACGUCAUCAAGAACAUCGAGGAGAAAUCGAUGCACGAGACGAUAGUUUUCGACUCACCACUGAUGCAGGAAGACAACUGCUAGAACGUGAACACUACGCUGCUGCUGAAGUUCAAGAGAAACUAGGAGCUUUGGAAAGUGAUAAGAAAUCUCUUCUAACAUUAUGGGAAGAUCGACGCAUUCUGUAUGAACAAUGUAUGGAUUUGCAACUAUUUUAUCGCGACACGGAGCAAGCAGAUACUUGGAUGGCAAAACAAGAAGCCUUCCUAGCUAAUGAAGAUCUUGGUGACUCUUUAGACUCAGUAGAAGCUCUGAUUAAAAAACAUGAGGACUUUGAAAAAAGCUUGGCAGCACAAGAAGAAAAAAUAAAGGCAUUAGAUGUAUUUGCCACAAAGCUGAUUGAUGGACAACAUUAUGCAGCUGACGAUGUUGCUCAAAGGCGAUCAAUGUUGUUGGCAAGGCGAUCGGCCCUACUUGAAAAGUCGAGCACACGCCGUCUGAUGUUGGAAGAUUCUAAUCGUCUUCAACAAUUUGAACGAGAUUGCGAUGAGACAAAAGGUUGGAUAAGCGAGAAAUUAAAAUUUGCAACUGAUGAUAGUUACUUGGAUCCGACAAACUUAAACGGCAAAGUUCAGAAACAUCAAAACUUUGAGCAAGAACUUACGGCCAAUAAAAGUCGUAUCGAAGAUAUUACAACAUUAGGACAAGAGCUAAUUGAUAAAAAUCAUUAUGCAUCCGACAGAAUAAAUUCACGCAUGCAAGAAAUUGUCACAUUAUGGGAAACUUUAGUUCAAGCAUCUGAUCGUAAGGGAUGCAAGUUGCAAGAAGCUUCUCAUCAACAGCAGUACAAUAGGACUGUUGAAGACAUCGAGCUUUGGUUAAGUGAAAUAGAAGGCCAAUUAUUGAGUGAAGAUUAUGGAAAAGAUUUAACUAGUGUCCAAAAUCUUCAGAAAAAACAUGCUCUAUUGGAAGCUGACGUAAUGGCGCAUCAAGAUCGCAUAGAAAACAUUAAACAAGCAGCGAACCAAUUUGUUGAAAGUGGACAUUUCGAUGCUGAUAAUAUCCGUGCAAAGGAAGCCGGUUUAUCCAAACGAUAUGCAGCUCUCGCCGCACCAAUGCAAGAAAGAAAACAACGUCUCACUGAUUCAACUAAAGUUCAACAACUAUUCAGAGAUUUAGAAGACGAAGCUGCAUGGAUUCGAGAAAAGGAGCCAGUUGCUGGUAGCACUAAUCGAGGAAGAGAUUUAAUUGGCGUUCAAAAUUUAAUUAAGAAACAUCAUGCUGUACUGUCAGAGAUAAAUAAUCAUGAAAACAGAGUAGUUGCCGUUUUGAAUGCUGGAGAUCAGCUUAUUCUAGAGCAACCGUUAGCGAGUGAUGAUGUAAGAGCUCGCGUUGAUGCAGUAAAAGAUCAAUGGAACUCCUUAAAAGAAAAGUCGUUGCAACGAAAACAAGAUUUAGAAGAUUCACUACAGGCUCAUCAAUAUUUUGCAGAUGCUAACGAAGCCGAAAGCUGGAUGCGUGAAAAAGAGCCUAUCGCUUCGAACCCUGAUUAUGGUAAAGACGAAGAUAGUUCUGAAGCAUUGUUAAAAAAACAUGAAGCUUUAGUAUCUGAUUUGGAAGCUUUCGGUAAUACUAUCGAAGCCUUACAAGAACAAGCAAAUAAUUGUCGCCAACAAGAAACUCCUGUGGUUGACAUAACAGGAAAAGAAUGUGUUGUUGCUUUGUAUGACUACACCGAGAAAUCCCCACGAGAAGUUUCGAUCAAAAAGGGUGAAGUUUUAACAUUGUUAAACUCUAAUAACAAGGAUUGGUGGAAAGUAGAAGUAAAUGAUCGCCAAGGCUUCGUCCCUGCUGCUUAUAUAAAGAAAGUCGAAGCGGGGUUAUCAGCUAGCCAGCAAAACUUGGUUGACACUCAUUCAAUCUCUAAACGACAAACGCAAAUUAACGCCCAAUAUGAAAACCUUUUAGCUUUAGCGCAAGAACGUCAAAACAAGCUGAAUGAGACAUGUAAGGCUUAUGUCCUCGUACGUGAAGCAGCAGACUUAUCGGCAUGGAUAAAAGACAAAGAAAGUCAUGCACAAGUUGGUGAUGUCGGCGAAGAUCUUGAAGAAGUAGAAGUGCUUCAAAAAAAGUUCGAUGACUUUAAUGAUGACUUGAAAGCAAAUGAGGUUCGUUUGGCAAAAUUAAAUGAAAUAGCAAUUCAACUCACAUCUUUGGGCCAAACUGAAGCAGCGCUAAAAAUAAACACGCAAGUUCAAACACUAAAUGAAGAAUGGCAACAACUGCAAACUCUAACUCAGCAACGAGCAAAUCAAUUGGGCUCUGCACAUGAAGUACAACGUUUUCAUCGUGACGUUGAUGAAACCAAAGAUUGGAUAAAUGAAAAGGACAAUGCUUUGAAUAACGACGAUUUAGGCAAAGAUUUACGGAGUGUUCAAACAUUGCAACGCAAGCAUGAAGGCUUAGAACGUGAUUUGGCAGCUCUGCGAGAUAAAAUUCGUCAAUUAGAUGAAAUAGCAAAUCGACUUAUGCAAUCACACCCUGAUACAGCAGAACAAACGUAUGCGAAACAAAAGGAAAUAAAUGAAGAAUGGCAACAAUUGCAAACAAAAGCUCAAACUCGGAAGGAAAAGUUAUUAGAUUCUUAUGAUUUACAACGGUUUUUAAGUGAUUUCCGUGAUUUGCAUGCUUGGAUUAAUUCGAUGAUGGGUUUGGUAACCUCUGAAGAACUAGCAAAUGAUGUCACUGGUGCUGAAGCAUUAAUCGAACGUCACCAAGAACAUCGCACCGAGAUAGAUGCUCGUGCUGGAACUUUUGCAGCAUUUGAACAAUUUGGUGCGGAAUUAUUGCAAGCCCAACACUAUGCAGGGCCAGAAAUUCAAGAAAAAAUCGAAACUUUGAGCAAAGCGCGAGAAGAUUUAGAGCAAGCAUGGACAGCAAGGCGUUUACAGUUAGACCAAAAUUUGGAUUUACAAUUGUAUUUACGUGAUUGUGAACAGGCUGAAAAUUGGAUGAGUGCUCGCGAAGCCUUUUUAAGUGCUGAAGAAGUUGAUUCAAAAGGUGAUAAUGUUGAAGCUCUCAUUAAAAAACACGAAGACUUUGAUAAAGCUAUUACCGGACACGAAGAAAAAAUUGCAGCUUUACAAGUUCUAGCAGAUCAAUUAAUUGCCCAAGAUCAUUAUGCAUCAAAAUUGAUUGACGAUAAACGUAAGCAAGUACUUGAACGAUGGCGUCACUUGAAAGAAGAUCUGAUUGAAAAACGUUCAAAGCUCGGAGAUGAACAAACACUGCAACAAUUUUCACGAGAUGCAGAUGAAAUUGAAAACUGGAUAGCAGAGAAAUUGCAUCUCGCGACCGAAGAAAGUUAUCGUGAUCCUGCUAAUAUUCAAUCAAAGCAUCAAAAACACCAAGCGUUUGAAGCCGAACUCGCCGCUAAUGCAGAUCGUAUUCAAAGUGUUUUGGCGAUGGGUGGAAAUUUGAUUGACAAAAAUCAAUGCAGCGGUUCAGAAGAUGCUGUACAAAAACGUCUAACACAGAUAGCAGACCGAUGGGAGUAUUUGACGCAAAAAACAACAGAAAAAUCAUUAAAAUUAAAAGAGGCUAAUAAGCAGCGUACUUAUAUAGCAGCUGUAAAAGAUCUUGAUUUCUGGCUCGGUGAAGUUGAAAGCUUGUUAACUUCAGAAGAUGCUGGCAAGGAUCUAGCUUCUGUUCAGAACCUAAUGAAAAAACAUUUGUUAGUUGAAGCAGACAUUCAAGCACACGAAGAUCGUAUAAAGGAUAUGAACCAACAAGCUGACUCAUUGGUCGAAAGCGGUCAAUUUGACUCUGCUGGUAUUCAAGAAAAAAGGCAAUCCAUUAAUGAACGGUAUGAACGGAUUUGUAAUUUGGCUGCACAUCGUCAAGCUCGAUUGAAUGAAGCGAAUACCUUGCAUCAAUUUUUCCGUGAUAUUGCUGAUGAAGAAUCAUGGAUAAAGGAGAAAAAACUUCUUGUCGGAUCCGAUGAUUAUGGUCGAGAUUUAACUGGUGUGCAAAAUCUUAAAAAGAAACACAAACGUUUAGAAGCUGAGCUAGCUUCUCAUGAGCCAGCAAUAAGUCAAGUACAAGAAGCAGGAGAAAAAUUAAUGGAUGUCUCUAAUUUGGGAGUCCCUGAAAUUGAGCAACGUUUGAAAGCCCUAAAUCAAGCGUGGGCUGAGCUCAAAGGAAUGGCUGCUACACGAGGACAAAAAUUAGAUGAGUCCCAUAUCUAUCAACAAUUCCUUGCCAAAAUCGAGGAAGAAGAGGCAUGGAUUACAGAAAAGCAACAAUUGUUAUCUGUUGAAGAUUAUGGGGACUCCAUGGCAGCUGUGCAAGGUCUCUUAAAAAAACAUGAUGCUUUUGAAACUGAUUUUGCAGCACAUAAAGAUCGAUGUUCAGAUAUUUGUAGCAAUGGGGCAUCAUUAGUUUCUAGCAACAAUCAUCAUUCAGAUAGCAUAAAACAGCGUUGUGUUCAGUUAGAGAAAAAGUUGGAAAACUUAAGUGCUUUGGCUAUUCGUCGUAAAAAUGCGUUGCUUGACAACUCUGCAUUCCUUCAAUUCAUGUGGAAAGCAGAUGUUGUGGAAAGUUGGAUUGCUGAUAAAGAAAACCACGUAAAAUCUGAAGAGUUCGGACGAGAUUUGUCAACUGUGCAGACACUUCUUACGAAACAAGAGACAUUCGAUUCAGGUCUUUCUGCUUUUGAACAAGAAGGCAUCCAAAACAUAACCGCUUUGAAAGAUCAACUUAUCAAUGCGGAACAUGCACAAUCACAGUCUAUUUUAAAACGUCACGAGGAUGUUGGAAAACGUUGGAAACAAUUACGAGAAGCUUCUGAUGCACGCAAAUAUCGGCUUAUAUCCAUGCAGGAACAAUUCCGUCAAAUUGAAGAACUUUAUUUAACAUUUGCAAAGAAAGCAUCUGCAUUCAAUUCUUGGUUUGAAAAUGCCGAAGAAGAUUUGACGGAUCCAGUUCGCUGUAAUUCAAUUGAGGAAAUUAAAGCACUUCGCGAAUCACAUGCUCAGUUCCAGGACUCUUUGUCCUCUGCGCACCAAGAUUUCCAAAAUCUAGCUGCUUUGGAUCAAAAAAUUAAGAGUUUUAAUGUCGGAGCUAAUCCCUACACUUGGUUUACGAUGGAAGCUCUUGAAGACACAUGGCGCAACUUGCAGAAAAUCAUUGAAGAACGUGAUGGAGAGCUAAUUAAAGAGGCUCAUCGACAAGAAGAGAACGACAAAUUGAGGAAAGAAUUCGCAAAACAUGCUAAUUUAUUCCAUCAAUGGUUGACUGAAACUAGAACCUCUUUGAUGGAUGGAUCUGGGUCAUUGGAGGAGCAAUUUGAAGCGUUAUGUCACAAAGCCAAUGAGAUACGUGCUCGUCGUGGUGAUUUAAAGAAAAUUGAAGAGCUUGGGGCAACUUUGGAGGAGCACCUAAUCCUCGACAACCGUUAUACUGAACAUUCAACUGUAGGGUUAGCCCAACAGUGGGAUCAAUUAGAUCAGUUAGCAAUGCGCAUGCAACAUAAUUUGAAACAACAGAUUCAAGCUCGUAACCAAUCAGGUGUUUCGGAAGAUUCUCUUAAAGAGUUCUCAAUGAUGUUCAAACAUUUUGAUAAAGAUAAGAGUGGUAAAUUAAAUCAUCAAGAAUUUAAAUCAUGUCUUCGUGCCCUUGGAUAUGAUUUACCAAUGGUAGAAGAAGGGCAACCAGAUCCAGAAUUUGAAGAAAUAUUAAGUGUGGUUGACCCAAACCAUGAUGGAUACGUUUCAUUACAAGAGUAUAUUGCAUUUAUGAUAUCAAAAGAAACAGAAAACGUUCAAAGCUAUGAAGAGAUCGAAAAUGCAUUCAAAGCUAUAACUGCAUCUGAUCGUCCCUAUGUUACGAAGGAUGAACUGUAUUCGAACCUUACGAAGGAUAUGGCUGACUAUUGUGUUCAACGUAUGAAACCAUAUUUAGAUCCAAAAACAGGACAUCCAAUUUCCGGUGCUCUUGAUUACGUUGAAUUUACAAGAACUUUAUUCCAAAAUUAAUUCAGCUAUUACUAUGUUUUUAUUAGUAUUUAAUCAAAUAUUUAAUGUAUUUAGCUUUGCAGUGCAUUUUGUACAAUCACAUUUAAUAAAAAUAUUGAUAUGCAUUUCUUAAAUCAAAAAAUUGAAAAAAUAACAAAGAAGUCGAGAAUUGAAAAUGUUUUGUAUUUCAUAAUUUUAAAAACGUUGAGAACUUUUUUUUAAAUUUUGAGUUAAACAUUGAGAACUUUAAACUUUAAAAAAUUAAAACAAAAAUCACUUUAAUUAAAAAUAAAUUUUUUAUCUUUUACAUAAACCGAAUUCAACAAGUCUUGAUAUUUUUAUUUAAUUUUUUUAAUACGAAAUUGGUCAAAAAGUAUUGAUAUGAUCAUUAUUUUAAGUUUAAGAUUUUCGAGAUUUCUCAAAAAAAUGCGCAAGGAAAAAUGUAAAACAUUUUCGACAAUUGGCUUAAAUAGAUACAAGUUUUAGAAAUGAAUUAAUUGUAAUUGGAAAAAUUAAAAAAAAAAA